AUGCAGUCAAUAGACGAGGCCGGCAAACCGCGGUAUCGCGCCGCCUGUGACGCAUGUCGUCAGUCCAAAGUCCGUUGUUCAGGCGGCGGGGUCUGCAUUCGUUGCAAGAAACAUGACUACAAAUGUCGAUACAGCAUUGCUCAUCGAGCAGGUAAACCAAAGGGUAGCAAGAACAAGGCUACACUGAAGAAAUUAGAGAAUCUUCAGGCUGCUCAACUGGGAAAACUUGCAUUGGGCGGUGGAACUGGUGUGGUUUCUACAAGCAUGAUAUCGAGGCCUUUGACGGAUGCCGAGUUUCCUCAGCAGAGGAAGAGAAGGAACAUCUCAACACACGAUAUCAGAGCACGAUAUGAGCUCGUGCAUCCUUCUCAGCUGCAUAUGAGAAAUCCUUCUCAUCCGAUGGCGCGCAAAUACCUCUGUGCAGAUCCCAUGUUCCCCGUGUAUCCAUCACCUACAUCUCCAGCAGAGCCACACUUGUGGGAAGGGGGUAUGCCGUCGACAGACAUAGGAUUCUACGAUUCUCUCGAGACUGUGUACGGACAUGCCUCACCUACGUUGGCACCAUACCUGCCUUCACCAAGUGAAGAAGCGACAACUGCGUUCAGUUUACAGUCCAAUUCACCAACAGUGGCCCGCGUAUGUCAUUGCAUUGAUAGACUGGAUGCGAGUCAGAGGCAGAUAUCUACUCUCGACCCGGAUCUUACCUUGUGGCGUUUUGACCCUACUGUGGAACUCGUCACAGCUUCUUUGUCAUCGAGCCAUAUCUUUCUCAGCUGUGCAGCAUGUCCCAAUAUGAGUGGUGGAAGUUUGUGGCUUCUCAUUUCAGUGCUGGAUCGCAGUUUUGACGUCCUCAAUCAUCUUGUCCUGCAUCGAGUCAGUCAGGAUAACCACGAAGCCUGGUCUGACCAACAACAGCAACAGUAUCAUGUUAUUCCAUACAAUUAUGCAUUUGCACUUCAGGACUGCAUACUCGAGCAGGGCAUUACGACGUCAUACCAGAUUGUUCGUGCGCUAAGGGACGUAAUCUACACCGAGAUUGGGAUUAGCGGUGGCGUUCUUGGAGACAUCGGCAUGCACAACAAUGCCUUGUCGUCGUCAUCGUCCUCAUCCUCAUCAUCUGGGUUUCCCUCGCCAACCUCGAUGGAAACACCCGCACAGGAAUUCAUACACAAAAGCGACCGGAUCCACCAGACACGCAACCCCGAAUGCUCAGCCCUCAAGAACGGCAAGGCAAAAUCAAACAACGCCCUAUCGCCAAAUGAAAUCAGCUUUGUACUUCAGACCAUCCAUCGCUAUGAUACAUUGAUUGGCAACAUGCAGGCAAUCCUCGCUCGCAUCACUACUGCAGCUACUGCCCACGCAAACCCAGUUUCCUGGCCUAUUAGCAUGUCUGAAACCGCAACGACUCAAUGCGGAGGAGGUGUGGCACCAUACCAACAGGCAAUAACAAUGGAGGGAUUCCCACAACAGGCGCACCUGGACCAUGCAAGGCUCCCAUCAUACGAUAUGAUUGGACUUUCAUGA